GUGGGGGAGACUGUUCCAAGAUGGCGGCGGGUUGCUGCGGGGUGAAGAAGCAGAAACUGUCCAGUUCGCCCCCCUCUGGCUCGGGUGGCGGUGGUGGCGCCUCCUCCUCCUCCCACUGCAGCGGAGAGAGCCAGUGCCGAGCUGGGGAGCUGGGACUAGGAGGCGCCGGUACGCGGCUCAACGGUCUAGGAGGUCUAGCCGGAGGAGGUAGCGGCAGCGGCUGUACCCUCUCUCCCCCCCAGGGCUGCGGCGGCGGCGGCGGGGGAAUCUCCCUGUCACCCCCUCCGAGCUGCGGAGUGGGCACCCUACUUUCUCCCCCGGCCGCCGCCACCUCACCCUCGCCCUCCUUGCCGUCCGCCGCCUCGUCCUCAUCGCCCGGCUCCCGGAAGAUGGUGGUGUCAGCGGAGAUGUGCUGCUUUUGCUUCGAUGUGCUCUACUGUCACCUGUACGGAUACCAGCAGCCCCGGACCCCCCGGUUCACCAACGAGCCCUACCCACUGUUUGUAACAUGGAAGAUUGGUCGAGACAAAAGAUUGCGUGGAUGCAUAGGUACUUUUUCUGCCAUGAAUUUGCAUUCAGGACUCAGGGAGUACACACUUACCAGCGCCCUUAAAGAUAGCCGUUUUCCCCCAAUGACAAGGGAUGAGCUGCCGCGGCUGUUCUGCUCAGUGUCUCUGCUCACUAACUUCGAAGACGUCUGUGAUUAUUUGGACUGGGAGGUGGGUGUACAUGGCAUUAGAAUAGAAUUCAUCAAUGAAAAAGGAUCAAAACGCACCGCCACCUACCUACCGGAGGUUGCAAAGGAGCAAGGAUGGGACCAUAUUCAGACCAUAGACUCCUUACUGAGGAAAGGAGGAUACAAAGCUCCGAUUACUAAUGAAUUCAGGAAAACCAUAAAACUGACCAGGGAAACUGAGCACAAGCUGAAUGAUAUUGUCUGCUGCAAGAAAAAAAAAGUAAAUAAAACAAGCAAACCGAAGAGAGACAAAAUAGACCAAUAUUGAUCCAUCUUAUCUAUCAUCUCAUCAGUUCAACAGGCUCCUCAUCCUGGGUGAGCUCAUGGUUAGAAGUUUUUUUGUUUUUAAAGAAAAGAUCUAUUCCAUACGUGUGUGUGUAUACUUACAAUACAUACAUAUGUGUGUGUUUAUGUAUUUAACGGUGCUAAUCAAUUUUGAGCAGGUCACGUGACUGGUCAUGCGGACUCUAAAAUCGUGUCAGAUUUUUAAAAAUUCUUGAUAUAUGCAGAUGUUACACAGAUUUUCUUACCAGUGUAAUAAUGUUAUACUGAAGAAAUAACCAUCCUGCAGGCUUCAGAGGACGAGGUCAGCAAUAUUUCCCACCGUGGCUUGGGGGAAAAGGAUAGUUUUGUCUCCUUUUGUGUUCAAAUUAAUGCACAGUGCAUUUUUGUGUCUAAGUAGCUGUUGACUAAAAGACUUUGUAGUGUAAAGGGUGUUAUACAAACUUGUAAUGGUGUGCUUCAAACAAAUGCUAGACCCUUUGACCUUUGUCGUAUAUUACAAAGCUGUUAAAUAUGUAGUUUGAAUUAACUUUGAACAUGUUGAAAUAUGUAGCAUGUGUUUUUAACUCAGACGAAGAUUCUGACUGCACAGGUUGUGUUCUAGCCAGUUGUGGUUUAUUUGUGCAGAAACACAAAUGUGAAUUGCACUCUUGUCACCAGAAUAUUGUGUAAGUUCAGUGAUCUCUAAACAGCUCAGAAGUAAUACUUGAACUUCAUUUGAGUAGCACAAAGUUUACAUAGCCCCCCUUUUAAAUGUUAAUUAGUUCCAUUUAUGUUUUCCGUUUUCAGAUGCAACUGGGUAUUUUUUUCCUCUUGGAAAAUAGUACGUAUUUUACUUUGGUAUGUAGCAACAGGCUUCCAUUUCUGGAAGGGUUUUCUUGUUCUUAAAAAAGGUCAGCCAGGUACCAGAUUCUAGAAGAACAAUUGCCCCUCCCCCUCCCCCCCAUUAAGUGGCCUUCUGACUGCACGAGAAAAUGUGCUACUGCCCUGCCCGCUCCAGUCUCCGGUGUGAUUGAUGGAGGAAGUGCAAGGCUUGCUCUUUACCCGCCCCCCCGCCCCACUUAAGGCAGUUAUAAGAGUUUCAGUCCAGAGCAUACAGCCCCAGUGUGCAGCACACCGGAAGUUUGUAUACUGGCCUCUGUUCAUGUCUUCAAAUGUGCAGGAAAUCCGAAACUGUCAUCUGGAAUAGGCUCCAUCUCUUGUGUGUGUUAGAUCAAACCAAAGAAGCCCCCAGCCAUGCCCAAAUGCUGCUCCAAAAGCCUGCCUUCCAGUCCUUACAAAAACCUUGCAGGAUUAAAUGUGUUAACUUUUUUAUUUUUGUACAGUUUCUAAGUGAUUUUUGCUAGUGAUGUUAAAAUGAAUUAAGUUAAAUUGAAUUAAGUUUAUUUAAAUGGAGGAGGUGCUCACACCUCCUCCAUUUAAAUAAACUGGUGACUUUCCUUUUAUUUUAUAAAAGCAGAAACCCGUUGUGUGCCUCUCGAUUUAAGGGUUUCUGAUUACAUUAUUCUUAAGACCAGCAUUGAUCCUUUAUAUACAAAGAUAUGUUUUCCUUGUUUUUUAUUACUGUUUCAGAAGAAAAUAAACCUUUUAUUUUGCUCUGGACCCAGUAACUGCGCUGGUACAUAGACGCACUGAGAAAACAAACUUUUGUAACCACCUCUGACUGUUUUUGUAUAUGAAAGUUGAUUACUUUUGAAAUAUUUGGAUCUAGUUUCUAAGUUAUUUUUGUGUUUUAUAUGUUCCCCAAAAUUACUUUGAAUCAGUCACCAGCAUAAUGAAUUCUUGGUGAUGCAGUGGUUGAGACUUGUAAUGAGCAAAGCUACCUGGAGUAGCUCUUCUCCUCGUCCCUUUCUUAGUACCCUGUUUUUUGAUUACAGUAAGACAUCACAGAUUACCUGAAACCCCUUCAAGUAUAACUAGAUCCUCCUUCCUUCCACAUUUAAUUGCUUAAUAGUUUGAAGAAACUAUUGGAAAUGGGCAUUUUAUAUGACAUGUAUGGCUUUAAAAUAUUACAAAUGAAGACAAAGAAAAAUGGGAAGGUUUAUGUGGGUCUGUAAGGUAUGGCUGUGGAAAGAUAU